CUAAGUUGAUUUUGUUCUUGCCGCUCAUUCUGCCGUAGGAGAGCUUUUGGUCCAUCUUCACGCUAUGUCAUAUUGAGUACAACUCUGAGAACAUUGAAGCUUUAUCAGCACGCGGGGACCCCGUUGAAACAGUCCAGAACGGCAUCUUCCGCCAACAGGAGACAAGUUAAUUGGUAGGACUGUUUGCUUGUCUCUAUCUGUCUGCCCAGCUAGGUCUUUACUGUAUCCCCGCCAAAGCUAAGCUACGCUAAGAAUUGCCAAUUGUCUAUUCUACGUCACAGCCAUUUUGUUUCGAUUUAAUCAUUGUCCUACGAUGGCUACUCAACGUACUUCAGAAUUACGGCGCAUGCUGGCGCUCUCUUAUCCAUGGGUGAAGAAACCCUUCGUUGUUGGUGCACCUAUGCGCAUUAUGGCAGGCCCUCACUUGGCUGUCGCCGUGUCUGCGGCUGGCGGCCUUGGGUUUAUGGGACCACAAGCCAAGCCAGAUGGGGUGUUCGCCGAUCUAGACAAGGCGAGGGAACUGAUAGAAGCAUCGAAUUUACGCCACCCUCUGCUCCCCAUUGGUGUGGGCUUCCAGGUAUGGAAUGGUGACCUGAAGAUUGCAACAAGUGCUAUUGAGAAGCAUAAACCGUGUGCCGUUUGGCUAUUUGCGCCCAAAAAUGGCCAGGCAGAGUUGGAUGAAUGGACUGUUUCUCUUCGCGGAGCUUCUCGUGAUACUAAAAUUUGGAUUCAAGUCGGUACGCUGAGUGAUGCUCUUGCGGCUAUCAACAGCUCAACACCACCAGACGUUCUCGUUGUUCAAGGCUCUGAAGCAGGCGGACAUGGAAUGGCAAAGGAGAGUACAGGAACUAUUGUUCUCUUUCCAGAAGUCGCUGAUGCCGUGAAUGCCAGGAAAGAUCUUGGAAUCCCUGUAGUUGCGGCGGGAGGCAUCAUCGAUGGCCGAGGCGCUGCAGCGGCAUUUUCGCUGGGAGCUGCUGCCGUCGCCAUGGGAACUCGCUUUCUUGCUUCUUCAGAGGCACGCAUCUCAAAAGGAUACCAAGACGAAGUGGUUCGAGCGUCUGAUGGCGCCAAAAAUACUCUUCGCACCCACUUGUACAACCACCUAAGAGGCACUUUUGGCUGGCCUGAACAAUUUGCACCUCGGACUCUCAUCAACCGCAGCUGGAUUGAUCACGAGGCUGGUGUUCCGUUUGAGAAGCUCCAAGUGCUACACGACGAGGCUGCCAAGAGCGGCGACGCUGGAUGGGGUCCGGAGGGAAGGCUGGCAACGUAUGUUGGUGCCGGUGUAGGUCUUGUACGGGACGUACAGGAUGCGGGCACGAUUGUCGAGAAUGUUAGAAACGAAGCGAGAGAUGUUCUCAACGCCUUGAGCGAAGAUAUUCAUGAGCACUGAUGUACUGUAGUUUACGAUACAAUGUCGAUAGCUUUGAGGCUUUCAACUGAUGGCCGAAUGGAUCAACGGAAGAAUUGCAUGUAUUGGUACCCCUCACGGCGC